UCGAUUUACUACUGACUUUUAUUUUAUUGUUAUUUUUGUGUGGAUUGUUUAAAUGUUGGUCAGCCACUACUACUGACGGACAAAUGAUGUACGGAAACAUGGGUGCCAGUUCGUCGCUGUCGUCGUAUUCGGUGGUGUUCGCUGGCAGCACGAUGUUCACGACGCCGAGGACGUGGCAUCAACACAUCUACCACAAGCCGCCCAAAGAGCCGACGUCGUUUUACAUCGCCGACAUCCUGGGCAUCAGCAGCAACACUUCCCGAGGAUUCUGCUCUCUGAAGAACAGCGGGCCCACCCGAUCCCCGGACGAGGGGCGGAGAAGGGAGAGGAGCCCCACGGGAUCGAGGUCGUCAGAGGACUCGAAGGACGAAGAAUAUUCCAGGAUGAGGGGCGACUUCGUCGAUACAACUCUCUCGCCAAACACAGGUAUUUACCAUCUAGCUUGCCCUAACGACUGCUGCUCAAAGGGAGAUAAGCGAAAGAAGUCUGCCGACGACAGCAGCGACAAGGAAGACAGCGUGACGAAGAAGAAGAAGGCGCGCACAACGUUCACGGGCAGGCAGAUCUUUGAGCUGGAGAAACAGUUUGAACAGAAGAAGUAUCUCUCGUCUGCCGAGAGAGCAGAAAUGGCCACGCUGCUCCGGGUCACAGAAACUCAGGUGAAGAUCUGGUUCCAGAAUCGAAGGACGAAAUGGAAGAAGCAGGAGAACAUCUCGAGUCAGGAGGCGGCGGAACACAAAUUGAAUGCCGAGAAGAACCUCCUCAAGAACAUCAAGACGAAGAAGGCCGGAGACAAACCGCCGGAAACAGACGAAGUCAGAAUGGAGCCAGGAACACAAGACCGCGUUCAUAAUAGCAAAGACAGUUCCAUAAAAUCGGAGAAUACGCGUGAAUCCAUCAACUCCGAGCAUAAACGAGAAGACAGUUCGUUGAAAGCGGAGCACCCACGCGAGUUCUUCAACCAAGAGCUUAAACACGAACACAGUUCCUUCAAGUCUGAGAAAGCACGCGAACCAUUCAACUCGGAGGUUCCGCGCGAACCGGACUUACAGGUCGGACAUGGAAACAGUAACUGUGACGCGGCUGUGGACUACGUUGUCAAGGAAAUGCCCACGUGCGCGUUUAAGCCCAAGGACGAGCCGUGUGACUUGAGUAUCGGAGGCGCGGCUGUUGGGAAAGAGAACAAGAACGACGACAGCGACGACGGUGUGUCACAUGACUGUGUUGCUAAUGGUGACGUUGAUAGUGAUCAAUCAUUUGGGGUCGGCGCCGAUGCCAUCGUCACGACGUUCAAGGCUGAGAAUGUGGUUGCCGCUAAUUCCUGA